AUGCACUCCCUGAGAUCUGCUGUCCGCAAUAUUUCGCACAACCUAGACUGCGGGGCUAGCGCGAUCUCCGCCAUUACCGAAUCGCUUCAAUGCGAACCACGCCCGUGGGAAGCCAUACCAACCAACGACAGAGCAAAGCCGAGUUCAUUCCGUACACCAAAAAAUCUUCAGUCCAAACGACGAAGGGUACACUUUUUUGUUGAUGAAAACGACUGUGUCUGGCCUGAUCUAGUCGUUGGACAGGCGCCGAUAUCAAUGGACGAAGCCGCUCGAUUGUGGUGGUCACCACAGGAACUCGACGAAAUCCUACAAUAUACGCGUUAUACAGCUGAAUUUCAUCGGGUAGUCCGGCCUGAAUUCAGUGAGCUUGUCGCAGAACUGUUCGGCGCUUGCUUAAAGAGUAAUGCGAAUGAAAUCGCCGUGCGAAUUAACACGGCUGUGACAGCCAUCGUGAAUUCGGUUGCUCGAGGCCUCGAACUGGCCGUCGCACCGCAACUCUCGCAUCGUAGACGCUAUUGCAUCGACGAGGUAUUGAAAACCCAGAAAAGGCUCAAUCAUUGGCCUUCCGAUAGAAGAAUUCGCAUCUUAGCAAAGCAAUACCAGCGUAUUGGAAAAUAUGCGCACAUUAUGGCUCGAGUACUUGCAGACGGUGACGCCCUGGAAAUUUUGUAGUUAAUAUGUCAUAGCCUCAUACGUGAUUCCCACAUGAAGCGUUCCUCGUUGUUGAUGGCGGGUUUUCCAAAAAGCAGUGUUUCCAAUCAAUCAAGCUGGAAAUAGUGCCAUGACGGUACAGCAUCUUUAUCGAAGAUUCUAGGUAAACAAAAUUCUAUAGCCUGUUAUGUAGGUAGCUUG